CUUCUCUGAUCAUGUGACUUAUUUGGCGCGAGUUCUGCAGUGGCCGACUGGUAAACAAAAGUCAUCAGAACGAUCGCUGAAAGAAACAGCUGCAAACUUCACCAUGGACACGACGGAAAUUGAUCAGAGGUUGAGGGAGAUACAGAGAGAGUAUCUGGACUUUCUGGAUGACGAUGUUGACCAAGGCAUAUAUACAGCCAAAGUGAAAGACAUGAUAUCCAACAACAAUGUCAGGUUGACGGUGAAUAUCAAUGAUCUGAGGAGAAAGAUGCCUGCCAGAUCUGCUGCUGUCAUUGAGAACUCAUUUGAGGACCUGGUAGCUUUCCAGCGAGCCUUGAAGGAAUUUGUCGCCUCAGCUGAUCCUGUCUAUAGCAAACAGCAUGAUGACUUCUUUGUGGGCUUUGAAGGAAGUUUUGGCUCCAAACACGUCACACCAAGGUCACUGACCUCUCGUUUCCUUGGCAACAUGGUUUGUGUGGAGGGAAUUGUGACCAAAUGUUCCCUGGUUCGCCCCAAGGUGGUCAGAAGUGUCCACUACUGCCAGGCCACUAAGAAGACCAUUGAGAGGAAGUACUCUGACAUGACCUCACUGGAGGCUUUCCCCACUAGUGCCGUCUACCCUACCAAGGAUGAAGAUGGGAACCCUCUAGAGACAGAAUUUGGGCUGUCCAGCUACAAGGACCAUCAGACCUUCACCAUCCAGGAGAUGCCAGAAAAAGCACCUGCUGGUCAGCUGCCUCGGUCAGUGGACAUUGUGGUGGACAACGACCUGGUGGACAUGUGUAAGCCAGGAGACAGAGUACAGGUGGUGGGGACAUACAGAUGUCUACCUGGGAAGAAAAAUGGAUUCACCACUGGGACUUUCAGGACGGUGAUGAUAGCCAAUAACAUUCAGCUACUCAGCAAGGAGCUGUCGCCACUGUUUUCAGCAGACGACGUGGUGAAAAUUAAGAAAUUCAGUCGACAGAAAGGAGUGGAUGUGUUUGAGCUGCUUUCCAAGUCCCUGGCGCCCUCUAUCCACGGUCACGAGUACAUUAAGAAGGCAGUGUUGUGCAUGUUACUGGGAGGGGUGGAGAAAGUACUGGAGAAUGGAACCAGAAUUAGGGGAGACAUCAACCUGCUGUUGAUUGGAGACCCCUCGGUGGCCAAGUCCCAGAUGUUGCGUUACGUCCUCCACACUGCCCCCAGGGCCAUUCCCACCACUGGCCGUGGGUCAUCUGGGGUGGGUCUGACCGCAGCAGUCACCACGGAUCAGGAGACAGGAGAGAGAAGGUUAGAGGCAGGUGCUAUGGUUCUCGCUGACAGAGGUGUUGUCUGCAUCGAUGAGUUUGACAAGAUGUCUGACAUUGACAGGACGGCGAUUCACGAGGUGAUGGAACAGGGCCGUGUGACCAUCGCCAAGGCAGGCAUCCACGCCAAGCUUAACGCCAGGUGCAGCGUGCUGGCCGCGGCAAACCCUGUCUAUGGGAGGUACGACCAGUAUAAGACUCCUAUGGAGAACAUAGGAUUACAAGAUUCACUGCUGUCUCGUUUUGAUCUGCUGUUUAUUAUGUUGGACAAAAUGGACCCUGACAGUGACCGACAGAUCUCUGACCACGUGCUGCGCAUGCACCGUUAUCGUAACACGGGAGAACAGGAUGGUGACGUAUUACCAAUGGGUGGUACCAAUGACCUUCUGUCGACCAAGGACCCUGAGAGGGUGGAAGAAGACGAAGACGAGGAAACACCCAUCUUUGAGAAAUAUGAUGCUCUUCUGCAUGGAGCCACACGGAGCAAGAAAGACAAAAUUGUGAGUAUGAAGUUUAUGAGGAAGUACAUCCAUGUUGCCAAGGUAAUAAAACCACAGCUUACGAGAGAGGCGGCAGAUUUCAUUGCUGAUGAAUAUUCCAAACUUAGAAAUCAGGAGAAUCUUCAGCAGGAUCACAUAGCCAGGACCCAGCCAGUGACAGCUCGUUGCCUGGAAACCAUGAUCCGUCUGGCCACGGCACACGCCAAGGCACGUCUGUCCAAGAACAUCACCCUGGACGACGCCCAGUCCGCCAUUGAGCUGAUCCAGUUUGCGUACUUCAAGAAGGUGGAGGAGAAGUUGAGAAAGAGGCGACACCGUAGCGGAGACAGUGACACAGAGGACGAUGAUGACGAAGGUGGAGAUGACAAGGGAGAAAAGCCUGACAGGCCUGCUAGGAGGAAGAGGCAGAAGAAAGACAAAGAUGGCAAGCCAAGGGAGAGGAAGACGAGACGGAAGCCGGGAGAGGAGGGAUACGAUCCUUUUGAUUUUGACACCAAUGAUGAGGAAACUGCUAGUGAAGAUGAACAAGAGAACCCGUCCCUGGCGGCGCGACGUGCUGCCCGCAGAUCACGCAGUCAAAGCCAGAGUGGGGAUGAAGCCAUGGAAACGCAGCAGACGACACAAGACAAGAGCAAAUCUAAGGGAGCCAUUGAUGAGAAGAGAUUGAAAACCUUCAAAGCAACGCUCUUCAACCUAUUCAAGGAGCAACACGCACAGUCGCUCAAUAUGGCGGUUGUCAAGGAGCGCAUUAAUGAAGGAAAUUCUGGAGAACCUUUCAGCGAGGAGGAUGUCUACGCCGCAGUGGAUGUAAUGAUGGAAGAUAACCAGAUUAUGCUGUCCAAUGAGAUUCUCUUCUUGAUUUAAUGCAGGACUAUUUUUCUAAAAAUUAAGAAAUAACUUAAGUGAAUAGCCGAAAAUUUUCUUGAUCACACAGCAGGUGAUGCAAGAUGAUUCUUAAAGCAAAUUUGAAAGUAAGUUUCUAUUUAUCUGUAUUAACCAGUAUGUAUAUAUUGUUUACUUGGGUAUAUUGAGGUUGGACAACAAUGUCAAAUUUAUGAACAGCACAUUGGAUUUGCAGGGAUUUUUUCAAUAAUUUUUUCUGCUGCCAGUUUCAUUUUUUAAAUCUUGCUGGAGUUUACUUGGGCGAUAGUUACGCAGAUUAAAUUCGAAUAUUUCUUGGUAAUGCUGGCCAUGUUACAUAGAAGAGGACUAUCUCCCUUUGUCUGAUGUUCAGAAGAACUGAAGAAAGUUGCUGGAUAUUGUUAUACGAUGUUUAAAACCCAGAUGAUGGAGGAAGUUGUCCUAUUUGAUACCCACAGGCUAUGCUGGGAUGUUUACACAGUUAUUUACACUGUAGGACAGGUUUCCAAUAAUUUAUCUGCAGGCGUUUGAACUGGGCAAAAUGGAGAUGAAGUAAUACAAUGAACGCCAAUAAUGUACAUAUGAUGAGUACAAUUACAGUGUUAAGCAUUUUGAAUUUUUUUCUGCACCAAAUGUAUUUAAACCUGACAAAACGGUUUGUCUUAAUGUAAAUAAAGUGACAGCUUUGUACUUAAAA